UCCAUGCCUAGUUAGGGUUAAAAGCAUUUCUUAAGCCAUCUAGAUUCUAAAUAUUGUUGCACGCCCUUCCUUUCUUUGGUUAUGCAUCUUUGAGCAAGGCAAUUAAGUCCAUAUAGUUGCACAACAGGCUCCAAAAGAUCUGACAGCAGUCUUGUCCUUAAACUAACACUAAACCUCUCCUCCACAGUCACAGUCACUUUUGUGUAGCUGCUGAAAAUGCUCUUACUCUGAAAGUGCAGUAUCUGUGAGAGGUUAUUUCCAUGUGCAUGCUUUGUUGUCAUGGCUUAAAAGUCUUUUCUUCAGUUUCUUGAAAACAGAUUGAGUAGUGAAGACAAACUCUGAAUUCUCUGGAAUUGCACUCAGGACGCCCAGGCGUCUGUAAAGAGCUGAAGAGAUUGAAAAAAAAAAACUGCUCUAGAAUUUUUAAAGCUGUCUCAAAGGUGAGCUUUUACUGUGGGCUGAGACUGUAAGUGGAAGGUCCCACCUUUACUAAUCAAACAACUGCACAUUCCCCGCACUCAUAAGUCUGUCAGAUGGCUUUAAAAGUUUGAGGCGGGUAAGGUAAGGAGAGGCCGCUGCUGUGUGUAACCAGGUGCUAUAAAACAGGAGUUUUAUGUGUGGACUAUUAUCAUAACUGUGUAAUAAAUGGUUAGUAAGACAGAUAACCUAAUUUGGUCGGUGCCCUCAUUCAGGGGCAAAAAUUCAUCUGUCAAAACUGUAAUGCUCUCCUCCUUUGUGCUCUCAUACAAACAUACUGACAGUUCUCAGUUGCUGGUUUACUUCUUAACAAAGAGCCAAUGCUCAUAACAGAUUUGGUACCAGGCAUUAUUUUUGUUUCCAUUAAUUCGCUUCAGCCUGGCGAAACAAUGGAUUUUUUUUUUUGUCUUGAUCUUGGGACAUCGUCAACACUUGUGAAAGCAAUGGCAGUAACUCGGGCAGACAGAAGACUAAAAACACAGAGAGUGAGUUGAGAUAAAGUAAAGGAGCAUUUUGCUGCGUUAUUCUGCCACCAACCGCCACAAUCAGCCAGCUGCUGUUUGAGCAGGAGAUGGAAGACUCCCCUUACGGCUCAGCAGAACCCAGACCUCUCCCUCCACCUUAUGAGGAGAAAAUCAUUUCUGCUGGAGACAGAAACAAAGAUGAGGGGCUCGACUUCAGCGAGUUCUCCAAGUACCUGAAAGAACAUGAGAAGAAAUUAAGACUGACCUUCAAGAGCUUGGACAAAAAUAAAGAUGGUCGUAUAGACAUUACGGAGAUAAGGCAGUCACUUGCUGAUCUGGGGCUGGAAAUCAGCAAAGAGCAUGCAGAGAAAAUCCUUCAAAGUAUUGAUGUGGAUGGCACCAUGACUGUGGACUGGAAUGAAUGGCGAGAGCACUUCCUGUUUAACCCAGCCACCAACCUGCAGGAGAUCGUCCGCUACUGGAAGCACACCACGGUUCUGGACAUUGGUGACAGCCUCACCAUCCCAGAUGAGUUCACAGAGGAGGAGAAGACAACAGGUCUGUGGUGGAAGCAGCUGACUGCAGGAGCAGUGGCGGGUGCUGUGUCCCGUACAGGAACGGCCCCUCUGGACAGAAUGAAGGUCUUCAUGCAGGUGCACGCUUCUACAACCAACAAAAUCAGCCUGGUCAGCGGCUUUAAGCAAAUGCUAAAAGAAGGAGGGGUGACUUCUUUGUGGAGAGGAAAUGGUAUCAAUGUCAUGAAGAUCGCCCCCGAGACAGCCAUUAAAUUCAUGGCUUAUGAACAGUAUAAGAAGCUGCUGUCCAGUGAACCGGGUAAGGUGAAGUCCCACGAGAGGUUCAUGGCAGGAUCGUUGGCUGGAGCCACCGCACAAACUGCCAUCUACCCCAUGGAGGUGAUGAAAACCCGUAUGACCCUGAGGAAAACCGGACAAUACUCGGGAAUGUUUGACUGUGCCAAGAAAGUCCUGAAGAAUGAGGGAGUGAAGGCGUUUUACAAGGGCUACAUUCCCAAUAUUCUGGGCAUUAUCCCCUACGCUGGGAUAGAUCUGGCAGUGUAUGAGAGCUUGAAGAACUUCUGGUUGUCCCACUAUGCCAAAGACACAGCCAAUCCAGGGGUUCUGGUGCUGCUGGGCUGCGGUACCAUUUCCAGCACCUGUGGCCAGCUGGCCAGCUAUCCCCUGGCUCUGAUCCGAACCCGCAUGCAAGCACAAGCUUCUAUUGAGGGCUCAGAGCAGCUGCCGAUGAAUCUGAUGGUGAAGAAGAUUAUGAAAAAGGAGGGCUUCUUUGGACUUUACCGCGGCAUCCUGCCCAAUUUCAUGAAGGUCAUACCAGCCGUCAGCAUUAGUUACGUGGUGUACGAGUACAUGCGGUCUGGUCUGGGUAUUCAGAAGUAGGCAGCAGAGUUCUCUGUUUACGAGUGUAAGAAAAGGUGCACCCAACUUUUUUUUUUGUAAAUUUCAAAACACUCCCUCCUUUUUUACAUAUUUGUUUGCCCUUGUUUACCUGCAGUCCACUGAAGUCUGGACUCAAACAGCUGCAGAUGGAACCUUUGUAGAUGUGACCGUAGGCCUUUGCUCAUACAUAGAAAAUCCUGCAGCGCUAACGCAGGGCUGACAAUGAGUAGGAAGAUCUCUACAAAGUUUCCAAAUGUUGGUUGUGUUUACUGUGCACUCCUAGCUUUAUGUACUCCAAGAAGCCUCAUGAUCUACUUCAGAUCAGUUUAUCUCUGGCUUUGAAAACCAAGAACACUUAUCAGGGUAAUUUCUUUUUGGUUUAAUUGUUGAAUAGAAAUGUUACUCUAAUAUUUAAUCAAAAAGUCCAAGAAGUCACCUGCUGCAAUUUUCUGUUUUUUGUUUAUCUUCUUAUCAUCAAAAAUAAUCUGACCAAAUCCCACGUGUGGUGGGGAAACUGUUUCACAAAGAAAUCUGAAGAAACUAAAAAAACCAAGUGCAAUACUGUAUUUACACAUUGUGUGACAUCUGGGAGAGGUUUGACUUUUUAGUAAGGGGUUUCAUCUGAGGGUCAUUGGUUCAUUAAAAGGGUCUUUUUAUACGGGACAGAGAAGAACUGUGCCUUAUAUGUUUUUUUUUUCUCAGAUAUCUGUGGACUUCAACCCCCCUGUUUUCUCUUGCCUUUCUUUCAAAUAUGUCUUUAUUAGGCGCUGGUGUUUAUGUGAAUAAAUUUGGAUACAAAUGUUAAAAGAUGAG